UCCCGGUCCAAACGACAGAGCCGACGGGACAGAUACCCCGCUCAGUGUUAGCAAUCCGUCUUCACGUUAUCCAUAAAACCUGCAGGAUGUCCGAAGAAAAGCCAAAGGAAGGCGUGAAGACGGAGAACGACCACAUUAACCUCAAGGUAGCUGGUCAGGAUGGGUCGGUCGUACAGUUUAAAAUCAAGAGGCACACUCCGCUCAGCAAACUCAUGAAGGCAUACUGCGAAAGACAGGGAUUGUCAAUCCGUCAGAUAAGGUUUAGGUUUGAUGGACAACCAAUUAAUGAAACAGACACACCUGCACAGCUGGAGAUGGAGGAUGAAGACACUAUUGAUGUAUUUCAACAACAGACCGGAGGAGCCUAUUCUUAAGUGGAAUGUGGACUUAACUCUUGGAAGAGCAUCCACACCAUUUUUUUUCAUGUUGUAAUUGUUUAUUGCUGUUUUUACUUAUUUCUUUUUUUCCCCACUAUGCUUGUCUCAAUGUCAGGCUUUUCACAGCAUAAAUAGACAGGAGCAUUUUUUUCAUUGGGAGCCAAAUCCUAGCGUUGAGAUGCAGGGUCUAUUUUCUUUCUUUAAACAUGUUUUAUUCGCAUAAAUAGAAAUUGUCCGAGGCAGGGACAAUUCUCAAACUAGAUAUGGCUUAUAAUGGAAAAACUCAAUGUUCUUUUGAUGUCCUCCUGCAUGUCUCAUUAACAAUAAGCUGAACUACAUGCCAAAUUCUUUUCUUUUUUUUUGUUUUCCAAAUUGUUAUGAGCAUUUAAAUUCAGGAUACAUGCUCAAGUAUUUUAAGAAAUGUAUGUAAUGGGAUUGCUUUGGAGGAACAUUUCUGGAUGGGAGGGAGCGGUUAUUCUGUCCAUAAGUGGGAGAGACUUAUUUCUCAUGUAACACAUUUUAGUAGUUGUCGUUUUUUUUUUUUAGGAAUGUUCAAAAUGAUUUGAUGUAUCCAUGCCCAUUUUACCUUGAGCAUUUGCUAAGAAAAAUGCUUGUUUACCUCAAUACUGUUGCCCUCAAUGCAGAUUUAACUAAAUGGUAAAUAAAGUACAGUUAUGUUGCUGGACCAAAAA